CUCUUAGAGUAUAUCGAUAAAAACAUUGGAACUCUUCAAUUGGUUGCAACAUAAAGGACACCGGCCGGCGUAAGAAUAACAGAUAUUAAUGAAACAUGGCCGAUAAAGAACCUGAUUUCGCAGAUGAUUCUGUAACGGAUUUCGAUCCGGACGCACAGCAGUUUGAAGGAGGAGACGGUGAUCAUGAUGCUACAGCAACAAACCAAGACGAGUCGGCCGUGGAGGAUCCGGAGUUGGAGGCUAUCAAGGCCCGUGUGAAAGAGAUGGAAGAGGAAGCAGAGAAAUUGAAAGAAAUGCAGAAUGAAGUGGAAAAACAAAUGAACAUCACCUCCCCAACAACAGCCACCACUGCUGCUGGAUUCCCUACAGUUGAAGAAAAACUUGAAGCUGAUAACAGAUCGGUUUAUGUUGGAAAUGUAGAUUAUGGAGCUACAGCUGAAGAACUGGAACAGCACUUCCAUGGUUGUGGAUCCGUGAACAGAGUGACAAUUUUAUGCGAUAAAUUUACAGGACAUCCUAAAGGCUUUGCAUAUGUAGAAUUUGCUGAUAAAGACUCUGUAGCCACAGCACAAGCGCUGGACGAUUCACUGUUUAGGGGAAGACAAAUUAAGGUGACUGUAAAAAGAACAAACCGACCUGGCAUUAGUUCAACAAACCGACCUCCUCGUGGCCGAGGGUAUCGGAGAGGUAGUGGCGGGUUCCGAGGGUCUCCAUAUGGAGGUUACUCACCACGACCAAGGGGCAGAUUCACUCGGUACAGACGGGCCUCAUACUUUUCUCCUUACUGAUGCAAGUUUAGCCAUUAAGAUUACUGACAACAAGGAAAAGAAAGGCUUAAUAUUUGGAUAUGAAAUUUUGUAAAGAUAUAUAUCUUGAGAAAGAAAUUUUUGGAGAUAAUUGAGCAAUAUUAAUGAAAUAAUCAAUAUCUGAUGAAAAAUAUUAAAUAAAUAAGUUAUCACUCUCAAGUAUUUAAAAAAGAUCCAAGUAAGUUAACUAUUCGGGAUACCACAUAAAAUGAUGUUCAAGAUAAAUUAAAAAAGAAAUUUAGUCUUAAAACAGUUAAUGUCUUGAUUCUUAUUCAUUCUUAGUUCUUUAACUAUGAAGAAACAAAAUAGAAUCUCUGGACCAAUUGAUUUGGUCUUCGGUAUGCAAAUGUGUGUGAAAGAAAUCAGAAAGUUUCAAAAAGGGAAAAAGAGUUAAUUUAUCAUAUUAUAGGAGUAAACAAAUAAAACCAGCACAUUAAAUUCAAUGAAACCACUAUCUUAAAAUACCAUUUCAUCAUGAUUUUAGAACUACUAACUUCAAAAAUGUUUUACCAAUUUUUAUGAUAUAAGGGUAUGUAGUAACAUUUUAUGUAAAUUUGAUAUUCCAAAUUUAUUUUAGUUAUUUUAUUGAUAAACCGUUCUAUUUUAAUGUGGUAAAGCUUUGCAGAUUCUGUGAACUAAUGCAGGAUUUAGCUUUUUUUCAGGUUGCAGAGUCCUGAUGCUUUCGGGCGUCUGUGAAGGUCCUCAAUAUAUGUUCUGUUUAAGGCCAUUUCUAUGGCAGACCUAUUUUCAUCUGAAAUCCUACUGGAAAAAAGAAAAAAAAAAUUUAAAAAAAAAGAGAAAGAAAAAAAAAA